AUGCUCGAUCAAGUUUUGGGGUUCCUCGGAAGGCUUCUCCCCGAUGACAUACCUACUUCCGAUGACGCAGAUGGGAGCACAACAGACAAUGAAACACCAGCAGGAUUCGAGAAUCUACCCCUCUUUCAUGCUUCAACGCUUCGCUCAAUCGAAAUUGGUCGCGACAACACUGGUAACAUUGCAUACUUCGACAAGCCAAGUGCCCCUUCAUCUUUGCACCUCUCACACGCAAAAGAAACCACCGUAAAGCACCAGAAACUCACGAAGGCCGACCGUAGCGCUGUUGUGUCUUCGCGGAAGGUUAUCGCAACAUCUUCAGAGAGUGACGCGAGCGAGGACAGUGUAACAUCUGGAGAAGGAAACCUGCGGCGCCCCUGGAAUCCUCGCCCUGAUGGUCAAUUCACACGAAAGGUCUCGCGGGCAUGGUAUGAGCGGCACAAAUUUACUCUUCACGGGGCCUGGGAGGGGCAGGGACGCAAGCCUGCUGAUAUUCCCGGAAGUAGACGCGCUGAGAAGCCCGAGGACGGAUGGCACUCGGUACGGAAAUGUCUUGGUGUCAUGAAAUGCGUAAGCAACACCUGCGGCGUCAUCAUUCGUCCGCAAACAAAGCAGCAUGGGCGGGACAGACAGUUGAGCAGAGGAUGCUCAGUCUGUCACGGCAAGAUUAUAGAGCAUAAAUGCCGCGUCAAAUGCGAGUCUUGGGUGUACCGCACAGGAGCGAUCUUCAAGCACCAUGGCAUUCAUCAUCACGACAACGCUCCGGCGAUACAUCUCUCCCAACGCGAGGAUCGGAAUUUCCAGCAGAUUGUCCAUGAGCAUCCACGAAUGGGACCUGUCAAGCUUCUGACGGGCCGGCCGGGAAUCAACGGUCCAGGGGAUUCUGUUGCGAAUAUCAGUCCAGUGCUCGACAAUCCGGGGCGAAUCCAAUAUGAGCGCCGGAAGCUGAUCAAGCCGGCGAUUCGUCUCAAUAGCAAAUAUUUCCUACCCGCCCUUGAGAAAUUGCGCCAAGAAAAUCCCGAAUGGACGAUUUCUUAUGAAGGAAGUAACGGUGUUCAACUUGUCAUCCUUCAAUCGAACUGGCAACGUCGCAUGGCAGUCAAGAACAGCAUUUCUACGGAGGCGGUCAAUGGGAUUGUCACGGAUGCAUGCCACGAUUUCUUCACAGAACGGACGCACCUGCUGUUUCUCAGUUCGACAUUCGAGGCACAAUUCUUGAAAUGUUGGAUUCCCAUUCUUAUCUGUUUUUCGAACGGUGCAUCGGCAGAACAUUAUCGGCUAUUUUUUGCAUUUCUCUUCGCUGCGAUCGUGGCACGGUGCAAAGAGAAGGGUAUCAAGUUCAUCGAUGAAUUCCUUGCCAACGUUGUCGACUUCAGUCAAGCUCAAAGCAAGGGUUUUUCCGGAGCUUACGUCGAUCUUCGGCGGAGCCAGGGCUCCAAGUGGACAAACAAGACAGAUUCCGAGCUGGCACAAAUUGGUGGUGCACUCCUGAAAGGUUGUCUGCAGCAUUUCUCAAACCAGAUAACGCGGGUCGCUAAGAUUAGUCAUGUCGUACCUCCUGGACAGCAGGCCCGAUUUCGAGAAUUGGCGCAGCGGAUGCUCCGAGCAAAGGAUCUGGAUCAGCUCCAUGCCUUCGGUAACGACCUGAUGACCGCAUUUGAGCAUGCUAGUCCAUGGGCGGAAUGGUGGCUGCGAGCCGACCACGCUCGAAUGCUGUUUGCUGCAGCGAGAGAGAUGGAUCCCGCUAUCGCAAUGAGUCUCCCCGAUACCACAAACGCUGCCGAAGCCAUGAACAGCCGCAUAUAUGCGAUGGCGGAGCGGAAGAACCAGUUGGUUCCUGGACUGGCGGCGCUGAUUCGUGUUGGUGACACAUUUGAGCGACGAUACUAUGCUGCGAAAGCGGGAAACAAAAUUUUCUACGGUGCCGAUCCGCAGCACUGGAAGAAAACGAAGGCAGUGUUUGGUUACACAAAGCACACGCGGCAUCAAAGCGGCAAGAAAACUGUUUCAGAUGGUCGCCCACCAGAUACCAUUGCAACGUUGCAAGCCGCCUCCCGCAAGGGUAAAAAGAUGGUAGCAGAUCAAUACCAACGGGCCUAUAAGUGGGAUCAACACUCCUGUUCGAUCGAUUCGUCGCUUACCGCAAUUUAUUCCGCACUGAGUCGUAACCCUACAUGGAUUCGACGCCUCCAAGAUGCCCUACCGAUGCCGCACAUAAUACACUCGGUUGCAAUGCUCCUAGAAAAGCAGAUAUCCCAGUCCUCACAUACGGCGUACGAGCCCAACGGUUGCGCGGAGUUGACGAGAGGUCGCGACCAGUUACGGUUACAACUGGUGAAGAUCAAGGCCAUGCGGGGUGUUGGACUUUCGGACAGUAUCUUGGGCUGGCUGAAUGAGAUACUAGCGGAUGAAAUCAAAAAAUGCAAGUCACGCACCGACAUGUCAGGCGAAAUCGCGCUAUCGCUCUUCCGUGCCCAAGCGGUUAUCGUAAAGAAGUGCCAGGGGGAAUCACCGACCGCUACUGAGCACUGGGAAGUAACCAAUCCAUUUUGGCGUUCCCCGUUUCGCCUUUCUCAGGAUGAUCAUCAUAGCCAUGGAGGUGAUCUUGAGAAAUGGAUGAAAUGGGUCAUGUUGCCGAAGCAGUGGACUGCCGUCGCUUGCUGGCGACAAGCGGAUGGAGGAUCACUAUGCGCUGGGCUCGCAUUAUCAAAGGAGUUCAUCAUCGAAAUCCCGAUUGUACUCACGGUCGAACUGGGCGAGGAUGGCCCAUUCUCCUGGAUUAUCCCAUCACAUCUCGCACCGCUGGGUCCUACAUUUGCAACGGCGGGGUUGGGAGUCCGGUAUAGUCUCUGCGCGGUAAUCUUCACAAAUCAUACGGAGAAACGGGGCGAUAACUCACACUUCUUCACCCGAUACCACGCGGCAAACAGCAACGCAAUGUACGACUACGAUGGAAUGAAGCAUUCCGGGCACGCGAUUCGUUUGACCGGCAAGAAACUAGCUCGAUGGAUGACCGGGUUGUCGUCCGAUUUUCAGUCCAUUCCCGAAGGCUACCGCCCAAUGGCUAUUGUUUACCACCUAGAUGGAGGUGAGACCGCGCAAAGGGUGUUCCGAGAACAGCGGGAGAGAACAGCGCCAUGUGGCUUACAACUUGGGCGGUCCUUGUCAACGGAUCGCUUUUGGAGUAUCGCACGCCUCGAGGAUGCCAAUCACCUCGAGGAGAUGACCGUCGAUGAGCGGGGAGUAUGGGCUGGUACACGACAUCGUGCCGAGACCAGGGAGUAUACUCGAGAUAUCAACAGCUCGCCCGUGAAGCUAACAAAACGGGAUCAUGAGAAGGGGCUGAAAUCGUUGGCGAACCAUCUGGCAGCACCUUCGACACGCAUCAUGAUUACUGACACCAGUAGCGAGAGCGACAGACCUAUUGCAGUUCGCAAGGCCCGGCGAAAGAUCACAAAAACGGCAAAGGUGCAGUCAACCCCGGAGCGAACAGAGCCUGAAGAUAAGCGUCAGCCUUUUUCCUACCAGCAUCGUGAAACAAGGCUGCUCCAACCUAAGAGCUACACAUCGUCAUUCGGGAUCCCUCACGUUCGGAAAACUCGUGAUCUGCGGCCCAAUUUCGCGAAGUCAUCGCAAUCUGACGAUUCUGUCAACGAGUUUUUACUCAAGAGCGCCGCAUUUUCCUCACCAAAGGCCGCACCGAGUCUCUCGGAGGAUACAGAUUCAGAGACCCCUUGCAUUUUAAACUGUUGCAGUUGUGGGGAGCUUGGGCUUGACGACACAGACGACAUGUGCGUUCAGUGCUCGAAAUGUCGGUUCUGGAGCCACGAGGCAUGUCUUCGCGACGACGGAGACUACAAUCGAGACCAGGACUGGCACGAUCCGAGCUGCGAUUUUGUUUGCAAGCACUGUAUUCGUCCCAUUGAUCUAUUUUACCGAAACGAGAUUGUUCUUCUGCCAAAACCGCCACCAGGAGUCCCAUGGAGUGACAGCUCUGUCAUUUGGUACCCUGCUAGAGUCAAGAACACGUCAAUAAAUCGAACGCGGGAACAGUUUACCUUUCGGUACAUCAAUGGAAUCGUAUGGCCGGAGCCUCAAGACCCGCUCGCUCGGAGGACGUUCAUCCCUCCGAUGACCACCACACUGUCGCGCCAGGUGUGCAAAGAGAUAAUCGGGCAUCCCAUUAAACCUGAGCAGGUUUGCUGUUUUGCCGUACCUUCCUUCUUGACGACGACCUCGGUCGCUACCCAGCAGCGGCUUCAAGCAAUCUUCUCCUCCGCUGUCGUACAGCUGGCGGAGCUGCUGCGACGCUUCCCUCCGGACCAUCCAGUCAUCCAUUCCUACCUGGUGUACUUCGACAAUCGACCUGCAAGUGCUCGGGACCACAAAAUCAGUGACUGGCUCGAAUCUGCACAGCUGACUGCCACACCUGAGCUAGAGGAAGCGAUGCGCCAUCCUCUAGAACAGCUUUGCAACCCCAAAGUUGUCGUCAUUUCUGGGAAAGAGCGUAAGCGCAGAGUGAUGGCAGUCGGGAAUGCCCUGCUUCAGCUCCUAGCACUUCAAGACGAGAUGGACCUGCCAUUAGAUCUGAAUGGCGCCACAUUCCAGGAGCUAGUCGAGGGGAAGAUCUUCCCGUUGCCAUGGGAGAGAGACCAUUGGGAGAUGCGCCGCGCGAUGUUGCUUGCGACAAGACCACCAGAGCUAAUACACAAGUCAAAAUGGAGUGAGGCCACUCUUGCAGAAAGACUCACCGAGUUCAAUCGCACGCACAUUGUUGAAAAGGGAGAUUUCCGGCCCAGUCGCUUCUAUCGUAGCGAACCUGAACCUGGCUCCGACGUAACCCUAGAGCCGAUUCCCAUCAGCGCGCCGCCAAAGCAGUCGUUGCAAGACGUGGAGAUGUUAGACACUGUGUCUACGGCGCAGGCAAAGCCACCCAGCCAGGUGAAGCGAAAGCGUGUCCCGUCCGAUGACGAGCUGAUACCCGUCGAGCGACUGUUGCGCUCGCGGUUCGGGGAGUUUUCUCAGUUGCAACGUUGA